CUGACCUGCGUCUGGUUCAGCUACUGCACUGCAGAGUAUUGCUCUGUGCUUUUGGCAGUCUGGCCAGCACCUACAGUACCAUGAAGCUCAGGCUGCUACUUCUGCUUCUUGUCUUCCUCUUUACCUUCAUCAUACCUGCACAGUUGUCAGAUCAUGACCACCAUGGAAAGCAUGGCAAAAAGGAUCACAAGGAGAAACCAAAAGAGAAACAUGGCAAUAAACAUGAAAAGCGACGGGGAAGAGUAGAGGACCUGCGGGCUGACUACGAUGAUGAUAGCAGUGAUGAUGAAGAUGAUGAAGAAAAGGGUGAAUGGCUGUUUCAGCUUCAGGAUGUCCGAGGAGGCUGCAAACCAAAUCCAUGCCUCAACAAUGGAGUGUGUGAGGAAAAGAGAGGCAGGUUCAAAUGCAGGUGCCCUAAACCUUUCAAAGGCAGGAAAUGUGAGAAAGGUAGAAGGGCCUGCAGGAGGGACACAUGUGGAUAUGGUCAGUGUGUUCUUACAUCAAGUCCUCCUUACUUCGAGUGCAAAUGUAAAGCACCUUUUAAAGGACCAGAUUGCAAAAGAAUUGCACCAUGUGAACGGAACCCAUGUCUAAAUGGAGGUACCUGUAAGAUAGAUGGUCAAGAUUUUGACUGUAUCUGCACGACAGGUUUUUCUGGAAAAUUCUGUCAGGUUGGCCCAAAUGACUGCUAUGAGGGAAACGGUGAGUCGUACAGAGGGCUGGUAUCAGAGACAGAGGAGGGAUAUGACUGUCUUUUCUGGACCUCUUAUUUUCUUCUGGCUAAAGGAAUAAACCCCUUUACUGCAGUUAGCGAUCCUCAGGGUUUGGGUCCUCACAACUACUGCAGAAAUCCAGAUGGUGAUUCAAAACCAUGGUGUUUCGUGCGAGUAGAAAAGAAGAUAAGAUGGGAACAAUGCAAUGUGAGGAAAUGUCCCACUGAUCCCACCCCUUCGGUACAGAAGCCCACUGCACCACACACUACUGACGAUCAAUCAACCAUAAAACCCGUCCCACCGAAAACUUCAGACGUUCCUGAAAGUUCUACACCAACAAAUGACACUGCUGAAACCCUCAGACCAGGAAAUGACACUGCUGAAACCCUCAGACCAGGAAAUGACAAUGCUGAAAGUCUUAAACCAGGAAAUGACACUAAUAAACCAACUUUUCCAGUUAGCGAGACCCCUGUAAGCAACACAUCAGAAAGCCACACCCAACACCACACCCCAGAAAUCCAUGCCAUACCCACCGUCCUGCCACCGGUGAAACAAUUUGCAGUAUGUGGCAAACCUCAACCGGUGAAACGAAUAAAUCGUAUUUAUGGGGGUAUAAAGGCACUUCCUGGUGGCCAGCCAUGGCAGGCUUCUGUUCAGAUGAGAACCAAAAACACAACCCAGGCCUUCAGACAUGCAUGUGGUGGCACCCUCAUUAAGUCAUGCUGGAUCUUGACUGCGGGGCAUUGUAUUGAUAACACAAAAGAAUACCAAGUGGUUUUGGGAAGUAUUAAUCUGGGGAAACCUGAAGCAUCACACCAAACUCUGGAGGUUGUUGAGACCAUUCUCCAUGAGCAAUACGUAGAGACAACCGACUCGGUCCACAACGACAUUGCUCUGCUUAGGCUAAAAGGUACAAGUGGCAAGUGUGCACAGGAGAGUCAGUUUGUAAAGACAGCCUGCUUGCCCAGUAAAGAUUUUCCUGAUGGGACCGAGUGCAGCAUCUCUGGAUGGGGAGCCACUGCGCAGUCACGAUAUGGCUCCAAUCAGUUACUGGAUGCUGAGGUGUUACUGAUUUCCCAGGAAACUUGCUCCAGCGCUAAUGUUUAUGGGAAAGCCAUAGACAACAGCAUGUUCUGUGCUGGUUACCUGGAGGGCGGAGUGGAUGCUUGUCAGGGUGACUCCGGAGGACCUUUGACCUGCAUGGAAAAUCAGAAUCGUUAUGUCUAUGGCGUCGUCAGCUGGGGAGACAGCUGUGGAAUGAAGAACAAACCCGGGGUAUAUACUCGGGUCACACAGUUCGUGGACUGGAUCAACAGGACAAUCGCUAGGGCGGGUGGAUAAAUUCUCCUGGUGGUAGGAAACAGGGGGGUUUGAAAUAUGUCAUGUCAUAGCAAAGUAACAGAAUUUGUUCAUAACAAAACAGUUUAACCGAGAUCAAAUGAAUAAAUAGUCUUGAACCAAAUAUUUUCUGGUUAGGUGAUUUUUUUUUUUUAAUGGGAUCACUGAAACUGCUACUACAAAUCAAAAAGGUGACUGCAUUUAUCAUAAGCAUUAAAACUGCUUAUCACUAAUCACACUUAUUGGCUGUACGCUUAACGACAUCAUGCGAUCAGCACAGACUAGAAGCCUUUACUUGAUCCGGCACUGGUUCCACCCACUAGGGUGCCGAUGUCUGUGUUCUCUUUGGUAAUCUGAUGUCACUUCACAAGAUGGCAGCAGAGUGCAUGAGUUUAAGUUUUACUCUACUGUAAGUGUCCUGGUUGCAAGAGUC